AAAGAAUAUGGUAAAUGGAGUGUGAUCUUUUAAAGCAUCACAUUGAAUUUAUUAGGACGCAUAAAUAAAGACAGUGGGUUAAGUUACACUUUACUUAACUUGCAUGCCAUAACGAUCAAAUAAUAGGCUACAAAGACCGCUCGUUAAAUCCAAGUAACGUUUACGGCUUUGUUUUCGUAUACUUUGAAUUUCCAAUUUUCAACUAAACUACUUCGUAAAGACAUUUUUAUAUUAUUACAACUCAUUUCUCUCUUUAAAUAGCUAUAAAGUGUAAUCGGUUAUCGGAAAUCUUUUCCGGAAAAUUGAAAUCGGGCGGAAUCCACAUUGUAGUCGUAGGUCACGGUAUGGGCUAUUAGCUUUAAUUCAAGACCGUUUCACGUCGUCGGCAAUGAAAUUUCAUGCGGUACGGUCAAGAGAACACGCCUCUUGUCGUCGUCGAACUAACAUAUAAAUCUGGCCUGGACAGUUCGCGACGAAUUUAGUCUCUGCAAAUGAUUCGUUACCGCGACUGUGGUUUACCGAUGCCUGGGUAUUGUUUCCAAGGUAAAGCUAUGAAUGGAUUAUCCAAUUUCAGUGAUUAAAUGCGGUUUAACUUCGUCGCGACGGGAUAAAGAAAUAAGUGUUAAGUGUUGAUUAAUGUUUCAUAUCGCUUCACCAGGUUUUAUUCUUUUUCAAUACCGGAUGACUUCGCGAGGCUUCUACUUCGUUUGGUUAACGUUAGCGUUCCUGACGUUAUUUCCAUCAUUUACAACGCCCACGAUUCGAGCCGAAAUGAAAGAGGAAGACGACCUGCUGGGCUCCUCGCUCCCCGGGAUACGAAUAUUAUUGGCAAAUUGCUUACGGGAAGCAAUCCAAACCGAAACCGUAUAUAAUGUUGCGGUUAGUGUGAUUGAAUGUUUGAAAAGAAGAGUACUAAUCGCUUUGGAUAGGGUGAGGACGAUGGAUCGUUUACGGAUUGGCGAAAUUGAAUUGGUUAAAAAUAGAAAUUUGACAUUUAUAAAUAGGGAAAGAAAUUUAUCUUCAAAAUCAUGGUUUGAUAACAUAAUCGAAAAAAUCGAUGGUUUAUUUAAGAGUCACUUGUUGAAAUUUCCCAUAAAACCAAAUUAUUUCUUUUCUUUUUCGCCGAGAAGGAGACAUCAUUAUAAAGAUCUUUUACCGAUUCUUAUCUUCAGUAUUUUAGCGAUAAGUAUGAUUGCGAUUCCGUUAGGUUUCCAAUUUCUCGCUGUUCUCGGGGGGAAAGCUUUACUUCUCGCGAAACUUGCAUUAAUUUUAACUUCGAUUCAAGGAUUAAAAAAGAUCGCCACCAGCAGUAUUAAUUAUGGACUUUACCAAGUUCCUCAACAACAUCAUAAUCCUUGGUCUGCGUAUGAUCGGCGAUUACAAUAUGAAUUAGGCGGAGAUUUCAAUCAUUUACAAAGUUAUCAACAACAACCUGAUUCGGUUGUUGAUCUUUUUCAUCCUUUAUCGCCGAGGAGCACAUCCGGAUAUGACUCUUCUUAAUGAUUUUAAUGAAAUAAUUUAAGAAAUUAGGGGAUUUUUAGAUU